GCAUGUACAGCUUCGCAAGCUCACGACUCCCUGUUAUCCCUCUGCUUAUUCUUGGUCUAGUUAUAGCCAGUUUCACAGCGGAAAUGUUACUGCGAGCCCGCACACCGAUGUCCGCAUAAAAGUCUGGAGAUUUAUCGGUUGUAUCGUUUGAACCGGCCCGCCGACGCCCAUCACGCUGCUCAUCACCCUGGGACGAUGCCUGGUACGGUGAAGCUUCCACGAUGAAAAUAACUGUCGUAUAUUCGGAGGAACGUUCACGCAAUAUAAUAGGCGGGCAAACGGUGUAUGCGUUCUUCUCGUGAGUCUCUUUGCUCGUCCCCCGAGUUCACUCCCCAUCGCGAAGCCCUGCAAGAAGAUGGGAGCUACACGACGUGUUACUCUCUUGGGAGCUUUCAUCCUUGCCGCCACGGUCUCCGCCGGUGCCAACGUGUUCGGUGACCUCAGCGUGCGCGACGAGCUCCACUUCCCACUUUACGCACGCGCGACCAACAAUGAUGGAUCAACCCCUACGUACAAGAAUGCAAACGCGUCUAUCGAGGAUCGCAUCAACGACUUGCUUCCGCGUAUGACGGUGGAGGAGAAGGUCGCACAGCUCAUGCAGGGCGACAUUGAUGGGUGGAUGAAUAUGUCAGACCCUCUCGAUGAUACCCUCACGUAUAACGCGACCGGCCUUGAAGAAAUGCUGACUACUAAGGCUGGCGCAAUCUGGGCGGGCUACCUCGCUCCUUGGGACAAGAUUGUGUAUGCCAUCGAAGUUGGACAACGCUACCUCAUGGAGAACACCACGCUCGGUAUCCCUGGGAUAGUCCAAUCUGAAGGUCUUCACGGCUUCACAGACAACGGUACAACCUGGCCUUCACCCAUCGGUCUCGCUGCCUCGUUCAAUGCACCCCUCCUGCAAGAAGCGGCUACGACAAUCGCGACAGAGGCUGAGGGGCUCGGGUACUCGCAGCUCUUUGCGCCUGUUCUGGAUUUGUCGCGCGAGCUGAGGUGGGGACGUGUGGAGGAGAACUAUGGAGAAGAUCCGUUCUUGACGAGUCAAAUGGGACGGGCAUACGUCGAAGGUAUCCAGACAGGCCGCCGCCGGAACGUCAGUGACACUGCAACCGCACGCGUUGCUGCGACGUGUAAGCACUACGCGGCCUACGGGAGUCCUCAAGGUGGUCUGAACAUCGCGCCCGUGCAUGGCGGUGAGCGUGAUCUGCGGACCUACUACCUCAAGCCUUUCGAGUAUGCCUGCGUUGAUGGCGGUGCACUUUCGAUCAUGAGCGCGUACGCGAGUUACGAUGGGGUCCCGCUCGUGGCGAACAAGUUCCUACUCACCGACGUCCUGCGCAACGAGUUGAACUGGACAGGCUACGUUACAACCGAUGCUGGCUCCGUCGACCUGCUCAUAACGACGCACGGAGUAUGCCCGACGCGCGAGUGCGCCGCCAAGCUGGUAGUUGAGAAUGGGCUCAGUAUGGAAAUGGGUGGCGGAACCUACACAUAUCUCACUCUGCCGGAUCAAAUCUCGGCUGGGCUGGUCAAUAUUUCUUACGUCGACGAGGCCGUGAAGACGGUGUUGCGGACGAAGUUCUCCUUGGGCUUGUUCGAGAAUCCAUACCCAUACCCCGACUACGCUGAGACCCUGAGGACGCAGGCUACAAGGGACCUGUUACACCAGAUGGAACGCGAAGCGAUCAUCUUGCUCGAGAAUAGAAAUGACUUGCUUCCUCUUGGGUCGAACAUCUCCUCCGUCGCGCUCAUCGGACCUCAGUCCGACCGCGUGUCUCUCGGCGACUAUGUCUUCUACAACGCCUCCAACAACGGGAUCUCCCCGCUCACUGGCUUCCAAACCUACCUCGCCUCGAUCAACUCUUCCGUCACUCUCAACUUCGCCGAAGGAUGCAAACUCUGGUCUUACUCUGAGGACGAGUUCUCCUACGCCGUCUCCGCUGCUCAGAACUCCGACGUUGCGGUCGUGAUGGUUGGUACGUGGAGUCUCGACCAGACGCUGCUCUGGACGCCGGGAACGAACGCCACGACUGGUGAAGGGAGAGACGAAUCGGAUUUGGCGCUCGUUGGCGCUCAGAUGGAACUGGUGCAGAGGAUCCAAGCUACGGGCACGCCGACAGUUGUCGUAUUUGUGAGUGGGAAGCCGGUCACGGAGCCUUGGAUACAGGAGAACGUGGACGCGGUGAUCCAGCAAUUCUACCCCGGUGAGCUUGGCGGUCUGGCCAUCGCCGAGGUCAUCUUUGGUGCCGCUAACCCGUCCGGCAGACUACCGGUGUCGUUCCCGCGCAACGUAGGCACUGCUCCUGCAUUCUACAACUAUUACAAGGGCGGUCGGCCUCUCAACAACCCGGGCAUGAUCACCGAGAACCUCACGAUGGUGUUUGGCAGCCAGUACGUGCUCGACACUCCCGUUCCGACAUGGAGCUUUGGCCAUGGGCUGAGCUAUACGACAUUCAACUAUACGAACCUCGAAUUGUCGAGUAACACGAUUGGCACAACCGAUGAUUUCAAUGUCACUGUCACCGUACACAACGCUGGCUCGCGCGAUGGCGCUGAGGUCGUACAGGUAUACAUGACCGACCUCUUCAGCUCGGUCGUCACACCCGCCAUGGAGCUCAUCGGGUUCGAGAAAGUUAAUAUCAGCUCUGGCACCUCACAGACGGUGACAAUCCCCGUCCGGAGCAAGCAGCUUGCGGUAUGGACUGUGGAUCGGACGUGGGCGGUCGAGCCGGGCAAUUUCUCGAUCUGGGUCGGGACGAGCGAUACUAAGUACUUGAAUACUACGUUGACUGUGGAGUAGCACCGCAUUUUGUGCAUGUUUGAUUUGGGAAAAUAGACAUUUUAG